UGAUAAAUGAUUAACAGGUGACUAUCAUUGAUCUACCGUCUAAAAUAAGAUCUUACUAAUCCCUACGCUUCAAAUGUGUUAAAGAUGGGAUCUAAUAUGCAAGUGGCUGCCAAAAUCUUCUUUACUGCUUUUUGGUUAUCUUUUUUAUCCUUGGCCAAAAAUCAAGAAUGUUUUAAAGAAAAAAUUGAUUAUGAGAAUGUCCAAAUAAGUGAUCUCCUUGAAAGCUAUGAAAAUGGACAGACCGUGAAAGUGAAAUGUGCUACUGGCUACGUCGGAUUAUUGAGGAUUGAAUGUAAAAAUGGCAAAUGGAUUAAAAUUGCUGGGAGAGACUGUAAAAAAAGAGCAUGUGGUCACCCAGGAGACACACCAAAUGGAUUCUUUCAACUUACAAAAGAGACAGAGUUUGUAUUUGGAGCUACGGUGGAAUAUUCAUGUAGGACAGGUUAUACAAUGGCCAGCAGAAUUAGUUAUCGUAACUGUCGUACCAAUGGGUGGGAUAACGAUGUACCUGUCUGUGAAGUGAUGAAAUGCCCUAUACUUAGUGAUUUUGGAGAUGUGAUUGCAUCAGGCAACACUGAAGAAGCAAGCUAUGGCGAUGUUAUCUACUUUGAGUGUGCUUUAAACAAGAUGUUAGCUGGACCGGAAAACAUACACUGCACAGAGAAUGGAGAAUGGAGUAACACUAUACCAAAGUGUAAAGAAAUAGAAUGCCUUUCACCUGAAAUACCGCAUGGAAUUUCUAACCGAGAUAAAGUGUACAAAGAAAACAAUGUACUACAGUACACGUGUACGCAAGGAUACAAAGCCAAUAAUCCCUCUAAAUGCACAAGAAACGGCUGGACAGUACAACCAGGAUGUGAAGAAAUCAGCUGUGAAUAUCCCGAUGAUCAACAACUGUCAUUUCCUGAGCCCUUCAACAGGGGGGUUUAUAAAUUCGACCAAAUUUUAAAGUAUGACUGCAAAGAAGGUUAUCAUAAAACAGCUGAUAAUGCUAAAUGUACAGAAAAUGGCUGGGAUCCAAAAAGACUGUGUAUCGAGACUACUUGCAGAAAGCCAGAAGUUCCACAUGGAAGAGCGUCGACCUACACAGAUAGUUUUAAAUAUAAUGACUAUUUACAGAUCAGAUGUGAUAAUGGCUAUGAACCUAAACAUUUUUUUGUCAAGUGUAGCAAAAAUGGAUUAUGGGACGGAAUGAAAGACUGCAAAUUAGAAAAAAGAGCUUGUGCAGAAACCUCUGUGCAAAAUGGGAUCAUACAAGAAAUUGACACAGGACGAAAAUAUUCUUACUCAUGUGAUAAAGGCUAUAAAGCAUUUGAUGAGAAAUGGUGGGAUGUGGUAAGCUGCACUGAAGACCAAUGGAGUUAUGCACCACUGUGUAUACCUAAUGAUCACUGUGGUCAAAUUCCUAAUGGUCCUGCAAAGCACAAUCAUGCAAAGAAAGGAUAUAAGGAUGGAACUCAGGUGGUUGGAUGUGACUCAAACACAUGCUUUUUUAUAUGUGUCGAAGGAAAGUGGGAGAAGAAAAAUGAUCAAUCUAACAAAUGUGGUUCUCCUCCUCCUGUUGAAAACGCAAUUAUUGCUUCUUACAAUUGGGACCAUGUGAUAUAUUUGUGUCGAGAAAAAUACUCAAUAAAGGGGGGUGAUUUAAAAUACUGUAUGGACUCACAGUGGGAAAAGCCACCAACAUGUGAAUACAAAGAAACUUGUGAACAAACCACUGUGACAAAUGGGUUCACAUAUGAACUGGACAAAGGAUUUACUUACUCAUGUGACUCGGACUAUAAAGCAUUUGAUCAGAAAUGGUGGGAAGUGGUAACCUGCACUGGAAGCCAAUGGAGUUAUACACCACUGUGUAUACCUAAACAUCAUUGUGGUCAAAUACCUAAUGGUCAUGCAAAGCAAAAUCAAUCAAAGGAAGGAUAUGUGAAUGGGGCAACUGAGGUGUUUGAAUGUGAAUCAAAGCCAUGUUGUUUUAAAUGUAACGAAGGAAAUUGGGAGGAGCAAGACUGUGAAUCUACCAAAUGUGGUUCUCCUCCUCCUGUUGAAAAUGCAGUUAUUACUUCUUACAAUCAGGAAACAGUGGAAUAUGCGUGUAGAGAAAAUUACAAAAUAAAGGAGGAUAAAUUAAUAUCCUGUCAGAACUCAAAGUGGGACAAAACACCAACAUGUGAAUCACCAUCACCCUUAAAUAAUGAUACGGAAGCAAGACCUUUUAUGGACCAAACUCGUUUGCCUGAAAAUGUCCCAUCUGAACAAACCAAACUAAAGUUCAAUGAGCCUGGAAAAUGUUCACCUCCUUCACAACAAAUAAAAUAUGCGACUGUGAAAUCAGAUCUGAAGGACUUCUAUGAAGAAGGUGACACUGUAGAAUAUCAGUGUAAAGAAGGCUUUCACUCUGACUCCAAAGCCGAGUGUUCCAAAGGAGAGUGGAGAUACCCAAAAUGUAUAGAAAUUGAACUGGCCUGAAUCAACAAUCCUUGCCUGCAUCCAAUGGACUAUAAUAUCCAGAUGUUCAUCGUGACCAUAUCAAAAACCAUUCCCAUUAUGGCAGGAGUGCCUAUUACACCAGUUUUCAUGUAUUAAAAUUAAACCAGGUUAAUUUUGGGAUUUGCACUAUAUGGACAUUCCGUUUAAUCUAUAAUACAAUGACAUUUUAAGAAGUUAUAUUUUGUAUAAUUAUUCUUUGAUUAUCAUUAAUCAGUCUGUCUAGAUAAAAAAAAACAACAACAAAAAAAAAAAAACAACCAUUCUGGCCUUUGUGUGAAACUGCAUUGCAUCUUUUUUGGGCUAAAACUAUUCUUCUAAGGUAAAGUUUAUAAAGUUGGCAUUUGCCUUACUUAUAGCUUCAUGAGUCUGUUUUUUAGCCCCAGGGAAUCAUCCCAUUAAUCUAUGUAGUGGAAAUUUUUACUUUAGAGAAGAACACA